GGGAGAUAUUAAGCAUGCGGAUCAAUGUUAACGCCGCAGUUUCGUCAUCAAGCUUGGUAGCCUUAGCUACCUGCUGGUCACAGAUAUACCUGGCGUACUUGUCCCUAAGACAUCACCACAUAGAGGUAGUGACGCCUUAUGGUAUAUCUUGAUGAUAAAACAACCUCCUUAAUCCACCAACCUAUACUUCCUUCCUCUACCCUUCCUUUCCCUCAUUCCAGCGACUCUCUAUACGGAUUCGCCUGGCCCGCGGUGUUCAUAGUUGCCUUUUGGUACACGCCCCCACUAGAGCUCUCCAGAACACACUGGAUAUCUGCCUCCCGCUCUAGGCAUCGAGCGAGAAGCCAGUAUCAGAACAGACGUCUACUUCAAGUUAUCUUUAGAGCCGUCUCUGCUCCUACAUUCGAUCGCAUCCAGCCGACCUUCGCUACUCGGUCCCCCCCCCUUGCCUGCGAUCACUCAGACUCUGCUCCUCUCAGUAUUUCGCCGCAAUGGCAUCCGACUCCGAAGAUGGUGGGGCCCCGAAUCUCCCCCGCUUCAACGACUUCUUCCGCUGUUACCCGAUCAUCAUGGCUCCGGGAGCCGAGAGACCCGAACUCAACUACGGCUCCAAGAUCUUCCUUCCACCCUCGGCGCUGAACAAGAUCACCCAGCUACAUGUCCAGUGGCCCCUGAUGCUGCGGUUGAUAAACGUCCCGAAGGACAUUCGAGCACAUGCUGGCGUGCUGGAAUUUGUGGCAGAGGAAGGUCGAGCGUACCUACCACAGUGGAUGAUGGAAACGCUACAGCUAGACGUCGGCGAUAUGAUUCAGAUAAAGUCUGCAUCACUUCGGCUCGCUAGGAUGGUCAAGCUUCAGCCUCAAUCCACGAAAUUCCUGGACAUCAGCGAUCCCAAGGCCGUCUUGGAGAAGGCUUUUCGAAACUUCGCCGCGCUGACCAAGGGCGACGUAUUCAAUUUCGAGUACAACGACGAGGUCUACGACGUCGCCGUUCUAGAAGUCAAGCCAGAGUCGAAGAGGAUGGGCGUGUGCAUGAUCGAGACAGACGUUUCGGUCGAAUUCGCACCGCCGGUAGGUUACGUGGAGCCGCAGAGGGGUAGCGGGACUAGCACACCGAAAAGUACACGGGGAGGCCUACCGGUUGGGGGGUUUGUACACCCCCAGGGAACAAUGGCGCAAGAUAUCAAUUAUGAUGCCAUCGCGCCCACUUCUACGGUAGCUGCAGCUGGAGCCAGGGCCGCCUCAUCGCACUUUUUAGGCGAAGGCCACAAGCUGAACCCCAAGAAGGGUGCAAGGACUCCGGCCCCGACUCCCACUCCCUCCGCUCCGCGUGCCUCGGACGCCCUGCCUGUCCUGCGGCGACGAACUAAUAAUGGUCCUAUGCCGCUGCGGCUGCCCCCAAACAAACUCUUCUUCGGUUACGAGGUCAAACCAUUGAAGACGGACGCGGACAAGGAAGCAGAGAAAGAGAAUGCGAGUAGACCGCACUUCGCGGGACAAGGCCAGACGCUACGAGGGGCCGUCAAGCGGAAGGGCGGGGAGGAUAAAGGCAAAGCACCGGAGAAAAAGAGCAGUGGUGAAGGGCAAGGUCGCCGACUUGAUGGACGAAAGGUAUAACGUACGGGAAUGCUAAUACAGGUGGUUCGUGAGGGUGGCGUAGACUAAGACAUCCCGGCACCCAGAUCGAGACGGCUGGGAGCGUCUCUAGGUGGGUAGGGGUAGGUAAUUAACGGGGGGAAUUGGGACGCGCUGCGUGUGAAAUACCUAUGUAUCUACUCAGUCCUCCGCAUGGUAGGCAGAAUGAAGGCAGCCAACGUUCUGCGCACUGCACUGACAGCGAUGCGCGAGAUGCAUUGAGUGUGUAUAGAAUUAGUGCGUGCACCGCCUCCUCGGGAACCUCUUAGGGAACCUCGUAGGGAGGUAUCUAAGGUACCUAAGGUGAG